AUGGGAAUGACACCAGUUGAAACGAUUUCAAAGAUGAAAACGAGCGACACUUCAAAGGAGUUUGACCUGGCAUUCAUCUACAAAUGGCACAAACGAUUUAAGAACGGCAGGAAAUCGAUUGAAGACAAUAAGAGAGAAGGUAGGCCUUCAAAAGUGAUUCCUACUGGUCGUGAAAAAGUGAGGAAUAUCAUCCGGGAAGACAGACGAAAAACAUUGAGAUUGAUCGCUGUAGUGGCCAAUCAGAGCCCACUAUUGGACUUAGCAUUGACUCCAAAAAAACGGAGGAAAGCGCUAUUACUUCACUAUGCCGGAGAUGAAGUAUUCGAAAUAUACGAAACAUUGAAUCUUGGAGACAGCGAUUCAAACUACGAUGACGUCAAGCAAGGGUUAACAGGCUAUUUCCAACCGAAGAAAAACAGAGAGUUCGAGCGGUUCGAAUUUAGGAACCUAAAACAACAUCACGCCGAAACAAUAGACCAAUUUGCAACUCGCCUCCGCCAAAAGGCAGAUAAUUGUGAAUUUUCGGACAAAGACGGUGAAGUAAGGAGCCAAAUCAUCCAAGGCUGCGUGUCAAAGAAACUACGACUUAAAUGUCUGGAAGAAGACAAGCCGCUUAAAGAUAUUUUAACAAUGGGAAGAACAAUGGAAAUUGCGGACAGACAAGCCAAAGCAAUGGAACCGCAACACAGCGAAGUAAACAAAAUUAAAGCCACACUGCAACACACAAAACCGCAACAUGCAAAUUAUAGCUAUCCACCCUCAGCACAAAGAAAACGUCAACAACAGUCACAAUCACAAACGUGCAGAAACUGUGGCGGCAUAUAUCCACAUCAAACCAAGUGCCCAGCUUACGGGGCAACAUGUACUUAUUGUCGUAAACCAAACCACUUUAUUGGCGUAUGCAGAAAACGAACGCGUAAGGCUCAGGUUCAUGGAAUUGACCAGGUGGAAAAUAAGGCACAUAAAGAACAUUCAAUGUCGGAUACAGACACAUUAUUUGGAGUCAACGUUUUGACAGAUAACAAAGUGCCAAAGAUAAUAUUAAGCAUAAAUGGUGUUCAAACGAAAACUCUAAUUGAUACCGGAAGUUCAAUAAACAUAAUCAGCCAAGAUGUUGUUAACAAAAUGAAACCAAUGCCAAUGCUGAAGGAAACAAACAUAGAAGUGUUCGCAUUUGCACAAAAUAAACCGUUAACUAUAAAAGGCAAAUAUACAUUUACAGUGGAAACUAAAUCAAAAGUGACAGCAGCAGAAUUUCACGUUGUUCAGGGAUCAUCAGUGACAUUAAUCAGUUACCAGACAUCUGUUGAACUCGGUAUUGUGCCAGUAAUAAACUCAGUGAACAAUAACAAAUACGAGGAAUUAUGUGACAAAUAUCAGUCCGUGUUCACUGGAAUAGGCAAAUUAAAAGACAAACAAAUCAAGUUCCAUGUUGACGAAAACGUCGUGCCUAUAGCACAACCAGCUAGAAGAAUUCCAUUCCACGUGCGAGAAAAAGUGGAACAGGAAAUAAUACGACUAGAACAGCAAGAUGUCAUUGAAAAGGUGGACGGGCCGACACCUUGGGUUUCGAACAUUGUUGUAGCAUCAAAGCCAAACGCUCCAGACCAAAUAAGGCUUUGUGUAGAUAUGAGAAAAGCAAAUCAAGCAUUGAAACGCGAGCGUCAUGUAGUGCCUACAACUGAUGACAUAAUCCUGGAAUUAAACGGAUCAAAGGUGUUCUCCAAAGUGGAUUUUAAUAAAGGAUUUCACCAGCUUGAGCUGUCCGAGGAGUCACGCAACAUGACAGUGUUUGCAUCACAUGUCGGAUUAUACAGGUACAAACGACUGAAUUUCGGUGUAAGCGUAGCGCCAGAAAUAUUCCAGAAUGAAAUACGACAAGUGCUUACAGGUCUCGAGGGAACAUUGAACAUAUCGGAUGACAUUAUAAUACACGCACCAAACCGUGACGAACAUGAUCGGAGACUCGUAGCCGUACUGCAACGAAUGCAAGACAAAAAUCUCACACUCAACAAGCAGAAGUGCGAAUUUGGUAAAACCUCUGUCAAAUUCUAUGGCUUUGUUUUUUCGGACAAAGGCAUAAGUCCCGAUCCGGCCAAAAUCACAGCAGUUCAAAAUAUAGCCGAGCCGAAGACUACAGGUGAAUUAAGGUCAUUCUUAGGUAUGACCAAUUACCUCUCAAAGUUCAUUGACAAGUACUCUACAAUUACGGCACCCCUGCGCGAUUUAUUGAACGAUAGCAGCGAUUUUAAAUGGACAAAUCAGCAGCAGACUGCUUUCGACCAGCUGAAACAAGCGCUAUGCAGCGAUACAGUGAUGAGCUAUUUUGACCCGAAAAAACACACAGAACUCUGGGUAGAUGCAAGCCCCGAGGGAAUAUCAGGGAUAUUAAUACAAGAAAACAAAGUUAUUGCAUAUGGAAGCCGGUCAUUGACGCCAGUGGAAAAGCGUUACAGCCAAACAGAACGAGAAAUGCUUGCAUGUGUUUGGGGCUGCAAACAUUUUCACAUUUACUUGUAUGGAAAGGCAUUCCAGCUAGUAACCGACUGCAGACCCCUGCUCUCAAUAUGCACAAACUCUAAACAAAUACAGUCAGCUAGACUUGAACGAUGGCGAUUGAGACUUACCACCUACAAUUUUACAGUCAAGCACAUGCCUGGAAAUAAAAUGAUAGCAGAUUACUGUUCCCGACAUCCAAUAAAUAAUUACUCACACGAAAACAUAGCCGAGGAAUAUGUGAAUUUUAUUGCCAAUGCCGCAGUGCCCAAGUUAUUAAAUCUCCAAGACGUGUCAAGUGCCACAGCCAAAGAUUGUGUGUUGACAUGCAUAAUGUCCGCGCUUCAAAACAACACGUGGAUUAAACAAACAUGCGCCGGUGAUGGCAGCUAUAACUGUUAUCAGCAGCUUGCAGACGAACUGACCGUCCUGUCAACUGAGCAUGGAAACGUUCUCCUACGAGGAAUCAGGCUGUGUAUCCCAAACAGCCUGCAAUCAAAAGUAAUUAGCCUAGCACAUGAAGGUCACCAAGGGAAAAACAGAACAAAAGCGCUCUUACGAGAAACCUGCUGGUUCCCCUAUCUGGACAAAUUAGUCGACGAACAAUGCAGAAAUUGCAUACCAUGCAUGUCCGCAUCACCACAAACGACAGUAGAACCGAUCAAGCCAAGCCCAUUACCAAAGAAACCGUGGGAUGAAGUGUCAGUUGAUUUUUGUGGGCCGUUUCCCACAGGAGAAUAUUUUAUGGUAGUUAUCUGUGACUACAGUAGAUACCCAUUAGUUGAAAAGUUAACAAGCCUGACUGCACAAAAUGUCAUAUCGCACCUUGAAAGAAUUUUUGGAAUGUUCUCAAUUCCAAGUGUGGUAAAAUCCGACAACGGAGCGCCGUUCAAUAGCCAUGAAUUUACGCAAUUUGCAAACAGUAUCGGGUUCAAACACCGGAAGGUAACCCCACUAGCCCCACAAGCCAACGGAUUGGUAGAAGCAUUUAUGAAGCCACUAGUAAAAACAAUGAAAACUGCGACAGCGUCUGGAAAGAACUUUAAAUCUGAACUUACUAUUUUUUCUAAUGAAUUACAGAUCAACCCCACAUCCAAGCACAGGACUUUCGCCAUUUGA